UGCUCAGCGUCAGCCCUCCGGGUCGAUUUGACGGUGACGGAGGUGCGGUCGGCCGUCGAUGCGGCGACGAGUGGCGAGCGCGCAAAAUGGCGCCCACGCGUGUAAUUCUGAUGUCGUGUGGCAGUUAUAAUCCACCGACGAAUAUGCACUUGCGGAUGUUCGAAAUCGCUCGAGACCAUUUGCAUCGAUUGGGAACACAUGUUGUCGUUGGUGGAGUGAUCUCUCCAGUGCAUGAUGCAUAUGCCAAGAAGGAACUGGCUAGUGCUACGCACAGAUGCGCAAUGCUCCGCUUAGCUUUGCAGAAUAGUGACUGGAUUCGGCUGAGCACAUGGGAAACAAGGCAGAACUGUUGGACCAAAACUCGCAUGUGCUUGCAGCAUCAUCAAAAUCUACUCAACUCCAUGCUUUCCAAUUCCAAUGACAUCAAGCAUCACAUGCAGAUAGAAGAUAUGGAUUGGAUUCCGGAGAAUGUAAAGAACAGUUCAGAUAAUAUGCCGAUACAAAUCAAACUGCUGUGUGGUGCAGAUCUUCUAGAGAGCUUUGGCAUUCCUGGACUUUGGCUCGAAGAAGAUAUUGAUACAAUUGUUGGCGAACAUGGUCUUGUAGUUAUCACCAGAGAGGGUUCCAAUCCCAACAAAUUCAUCUAUGACUCAGACAUCCUCUCCAAGCACAUGAACAAUAUCUGUAUCGUAACCGAAUGGAUCCCAAACGAAGUUAGCUCAACGAGGAUCAGACGAGCUCUGAAGCGCGGCGAGAGCGUCAGGUACCUAUUGCAAGAUUCCGUCAUCGAUUAUAUCUACAAGCAUGAGAUCUACGAUGCGAGAAUGACAGACACAACAAUUAAGUUGGAAUUGUCGUCACCGAAUGCGAACAAUUACCUGCACAUAGAUCCCCGAUACCUAACUGCAUUGCUAACGCCGUCACCCAGCGAUGUAACCAUGGGCUCGCCGAGCCCAGUCGAGAUCGUUGCGUCUAUUGAUGUGCCGGAUGCGGUGGUGCUUCGCAAAAACUUGCAGAACGCUGCGGGUGGUGGUGGUGGGCUCGACGAGAUUCGCGAGCAAUUCGUUAGCAUGAUCAGCAACAACGCCGACAAUAGCAACAUCAAGCAUGUAUCUAGAGUCGCGUAUCCCGGUCAAGCGAAACAGAUCAUCGCCAGCGUAACCGGCGUCGCGCGAAUUUUAGACGAGGUAGGUGCGCUUGACGAGCCGAUGGCGAAGUCCCAACCUGGUCCUUCGUCAGAAGAGGGUCGUAGAUCAGUGGUAGAUAAUAUCGCGAAUAAAAUUAUUAUUGGACAGAGAGAGGUCUCGGAUUUCAGAUCGAAGAUGGAAAUUAUUGAUGUGGACUUAGGUUCAAACGAUGAUCACGAGAUAAUAGUAAAAAUUUCUUCUAAUUCUGGCGAAUUGGUAUCGAAUGAAGAUCGUAGGUUAACGAUAGACAGUAUUACUAGGGAUAAGGAAGUGUUGAAUUUGGGAUCUAAGGCGGAAAUUAUUGAUGUAGAUUUAGGUUCGAGUGAGAUAAACAUGAAGGUUUCGCCCAACCAGCUAAGUUCUAAUGAAUUCGUGCCAAAAGAAUGUUCUAGGUCCAUAAGAGAAAGCGUAGAAAAGGGUCAAAUUGAAAUUGGGCAGAAAGAGAAUUUGAGAUCUAAAAUGGAAGUCACUGACGUAGAUUUAGAUUCGAAUGACGAUCGCAAAUUAAUAAUGAAGGUUCAAUCUAGCGAGUCGAGUUCCGGUGAACUUCGAUUAGGAGAAUGUUGCUGGCCGAAAAAAGAAAGUGCUACGAAUGAUGAAUUUGAAAUUUGCGAUAGAAAAAUUAUGUCUGGGAAAAUGAUAAUCGAUGCAGAGUUAGGUUUAGAUGAUAAGAACGCAUUGAAAGAAACUCGUAGAUCUACGGUAGAAGCAAUCAGUGACGAAGUAAAUUCAGAUCGGUCUAGAUUUAGCAGAAUUGGAUCAGAGAAGAGCUCCAAAUCGAUAAUAAAAAGUGUCGUAGAUGGAAAAGUUAGCAACAAAGAAAUGAUUAAUGUAGAAUUUACCGAUGUUGUUAAGGUUCAACCUGUUCAUUCCAGCCAUGGCAUACUUAUGUUAAAGGACGACCGUAGGUUAAUGAUAGAAAAACUUACAAAUGAACUUAAAAGUAAACUUGACGAGGAAAAGAAUAAAUUUAAAGAAAAUUCACAGAUAGAUAAGGUAGGCAAAAAUGAUACUGAACUAACCGAACUUAAUACGGAGAGAGAUAUGAAAAAUAACGUCGAAAUCGACGACGUGGGAAUUGGUUCCGGAAAAGAGACAGCUGAUUUUGAAUCUAGAACUAAAUAUCUAGAUGCCAAGGCAAUAACUUCGUCACUAAACAUUUCAAUGACGUCACUGGACGGUCGCCACGAGUGUGCUCUCUCCGAUUUCAGCGUAGACAAGGAAGAUUAUCGCCUUAGCCAAUAUGGUUCCGACGAGGAUGAAGAAAAGGAUAAGAAACCUAUAUAUACUGCCAGAUUGAAUUUGACGAAAUACGCUGACGGUCAAAUAGAAGACAUGAUAGAUAAUGUAGAUUUCGUAAAUGAUUACGAUAGUAAUAAUUGCACAAAAUCUUCCGAUAAACCAGAUCAAUUGAAAUAUAUCGUGGAAGAAUCAUUUUCAGUAGCAGAGGUAAACGAUAAGGAUAAUAAUUUUAAAAGCAGAGAACAGACAGAAGAAAUAUUUAGAAUAUCGCAAGAGACUGACAAGAUGAGCACAAUAGAAAAAGGAUCAGAAUUGGACAUGCAUUCCUCGGAUAAACCGAUGACAUCUUGCGAUUCAAGUCUCGAAAUAGAUGGUAAAUAUAUAAAAUCGAUCGUAAAUUCUCGUAAGAGUCCGAGAAAGAUCAAGGAUGGUCAAGUUCGUGACGUUGAGGUCAAGGAGCAACAUGAACUUAUUGACGAUCCACAGGUAUUUCAAUCUGAAGCUUCAAUCCAAAAUUCUUCCAUGAAGAUGAAGAGCUCCGAAAUCGCGGAAGAACAGACUUACGAUGUAGAUGUUGAUAUUGAGAAGAAAAGACAAAUUGUCAAGGACCGAGAAAUAUUUCGUGCUGAAAAAAUAUUCCAAGAUUCUUCCAAGAUUCUUCCAAGAUCAUCUUCCAUGAAGACGACGAGUUCUAAAAAAGUCGAAAAGCUUCAGACUGGUGAAAGUGGACGCGAAAUGAAAGAUUUUAAUAAAUCUAUUAGUGAUCUAUCCAGGAAGGCAUCCCAAAAGUCGUCAAAAAUAUCUACAAGUACAAAAAGUCCCAAAAAGAAAAGUCAAACUUUUUAUAAAAGUGAAGAUAUGAAAAAUUACGAUCGAUCUAUCAACGAUCGCGUUAUCACUCAACUAGAGGAAGUCUUUCUGGAUUCUUCAAAGAAGAAUUCCAAAAACGAUUCCGAGAGCGAAUUGAAGAAGCAAAAUCGACAUGUUGAUAAUCGAGAGACGUCGCGGAUUGAAGACCAUUCCUCGAAAACGUCUUCCAUAAAGAGCCCGAAAAAGACUCAAACUCAGAAGACUGUAAAAAUGAACGAUAACAAAGGACAACAAGCACAAGAAGCAAUAAAAACGGCAAAAGAUGCUGAUAAUAAAACAAAGUGUGAUUUCAACGAGAUUAAAGACGUGUAUACGAGAAAAGUGCGACGUUACAACGUACCUCUUCAAGGCAGCUUGGACUCAAUGAUCGUGUCCGAUGAAACAUCUACACAGAAGCCGAAAAAGGACGACGCGUUCUCGAAGAAGUCGAAGAGCUAUGAAUCAAUUAAGCGCAUUCAAGAAGUAUUUCUGGGCGUACCGCCAGCAAAGGCGAAUAGUAGUGGCUCGCAACUUGAUAUUCCGGACGAGUUCUGCUCGAUCUGCUGUUACAUGAAUGAAAUCACCUUCCGAACGGAGGAGGAAGUAAGCAGCCCGAAUCAGGAGACGUUUUAUACGCUCAGAUCAGCCUGUAGCUCGCUGGCUGAUGAUGACGAUUCAAUCGAAUGUGACAUCUGCGGUUCGCUCAAUCUCCAGGAAUCUGCUGACGAUCUUGAGGGAAAAGUUCAGGAGAUACCCUGCGAGCUUUGCAAAAUCUGUGGUGAGGUGGAUGGUAGUUUUGAUCAGGAUUCUACACUACCGGCUGAUAGGUAUACUUUCAAGAUGAUUGAUCCGCACCAAGAUGACGACGAUAGCUUUGAGAUUGAGAACUGUGGCUUUCAGAGUGGUACGGAAUCAGCUGAUGAUCGAAGCAGGAUCUCUGAUAAAGAGAGAAUUAAGGAUCCUGGAAGAUCGAAAUCACAAUCUUUGUUUAUUCAUGGCUCUUCGAUGAACAGAGAUCAGCCGCGGGAAUUAUACUUCAUACCCAAAGAUGAAAUUGCGAUUUUAACGAGCGGGACCAGAAAGGUCAACCGCAAAGGUUCCUUGUUCAGAAAAAAGGAAGAUUCUAGCGGAAAUACACGAGAUAAGAGACGGUAUUCUUCGGUAGACAGUCUCCAAUUGGCAAAGAUGUCUUCAAAGGGAAGCGAUAAGGUGCUCAAAGUUGCGAAGAAUACAACGUUGAUUGGAUCUGCUGAUAAUCUGCGGAUAUCGAGAGACUCGAGAAGAUCAAAAUCUUUGCAAAGACCGACCGACAAUGUCUGUAAAGAUAGGCUGAAUAAGUCUACCGAUAAUUUAAAUUCACAGAUGGAGAAUCUAGGAAAGGAAAAUGAAGCUGAAGACUUAACUCAGAAACUAAACAUUCGAGAUAAGGAGGAGGUGAAGAUGAUUCUCACACAACAUGGAAUCAAGAUUAUCAGCGAGAAGGAAACUGCCUUAUAA